CCACAGUCGGAUGCGAUACUUCCCACGGAUUUAGUUUAUUUGAGAAAUGAAGUUGUAAUGAACGAGGCCGAAUUGAAUCCGGGUUCCUCAUGGUUUCGUGUAUUGCGUAAGAAAAGCGCAGCUGGGAAUCUAUUCGACGAUAAACACAAUAUUGACGAGUUUGGGUCCACAGUUGGAUCUCGUCUGUGGAAGUCCACUUUGGCUGUGAAAAGGAAUCGUAAAAGCUCUCAUCAGCGAUACAGUUCAAUUGUUAACCACCUUUUGGAUUUUGGUUCCGGAGACGCGCAUCUCUUCCGUUCUACUGGUCCUCGUGGCUCCUACAUCCGUCAUAAAAACAGUUUGAUUGCCGAUCCAUUUCAACGGAUAGACAUUUUCUUCUCAGCAAGUUUGGCCAAUUUAGGACCAAGAGACGCCUACUUCAUUCCCCAAUCCGUAAUUGGACGAAAUGAAGGGAACGGCUCCGGCCAGUUAGACGGUAGUCAACACAAUCUGCCCGGACAAAAUUUUAUUCGAUCAUCUUCCGCUCUCCACGGUCGGGGACCUGGAUCCCAUCAUCAUCUAUCAAUCGGUUCAGCCAACAAUUUGCAUCCUCAUUAUAUUGACAGCUCCUUUUCAAUUAAACCCUAUGGUGACCGUCUGAUUUCGAGCGACCGCAGACUACCUACGGAGGAAAUGGGCAGCACUGAGUUGGGCAGUAUGCGAACCGACGAAACUUGCACUCACCGAUUCCGGGAUCGCGUUGUUCAGCUAUUUGAUUUGAAUUUGUUCACCAACGUGCAUUUCCUCUUCCUGUUGCUAAUUGGGGUCACCAAUCAGCUGGCAUAUUUCAUUCCGUUUGUCUAUCUGGUCGAUUACACGAGAAGCAAAGGACUACAGGUGAACCAGGCUGUAGUAAUCAGUGUGAUUUUGGGUUCUUUACACACGGUCGGUCGAAUACUGUCUGGUUUUGCUGCUAACAUGCCUUGGAUUGAUACAGUCUAUCUGAGUGGAUUUGGCACAUUGGCUACAGCUCUAACACACUUGGCUCUGCCGCUGUUAUUCCCAAUCAAUUUUGCUGCACUGGCAGGAUACGCAACCCUUUCUGGAAUGUUUAGUGUCCCGAUGAUUCAUCUAUUGCUCGUCCGAUUCCUGGGUUUGGAGCGACUAACAGCAAGUUACAGUAAUCUGAAUCUGAUCAAAGGAAUAGCUUCGGUGAUUGGACCAAUGGUAGCAGUCGGUCUGGUGGAAUAUACUGGUGAACGAGGUCACUACUUCUUGGUUGCUGGAGUGUGCUUUCUAUUAUCAGCCUUUGCCCAUCUGGGUCUCUGUCGAUUUCCGUGCAGCAAACCACGGGACAAUGAGGACGCAAUAGACGACAGAGCUCGAUGCUGCUUCUGUUUUAGUCCUGGAGCUAAGCCCAGUCAUGAUGAAGAACUUCAAGACUCCUGA